CAUAGUUCAAAACAACUGAGGGCUGUACACCCAGUGACUGCCAUUAAAAAAAACCUCAAUCAGCACCAUAAGCAUUCUAUCUAGUUUGGUAUGUCCACUAAACACCAAUUAAGGGGUGAGUUAAUGAACACCAAAAAUAACUCAACAACAUACAGCACAUCAAACUAAUUUAAUUGUUCGCAGAACUGAUCUACAAAACACAGCAAUCAAAUGAUUCAAAUCUCAACUUCAGUAACAUUCCAUGCUACAAGUCUCUUCUUCCACCUUCGCCAGAAUUCAUUAGCAAUUCCUGGCACAAGUCUCUACUUGCAAUAUUGCCUCUAGGAGAAAAUGGUUUAGGAAGAAAUCUCUGAAAAUAUUCAACGAUAUGUGGAGGUGUUUAGAUUUAUAAAUUCCAGUGGUGAACAAUUUUUUUUAUUCUCACCAAAAGGUGGUUCCAUAUGAAAUAGGCUCAAUUUCCAUAAGAGGAGAUUACAAGCACAAGUUUCAUUUAUUGAACAAAAUGAUCUAAAAAUUUCCCUUCCAUGGUGAAGCUUAUCACAUUUCUAAAGAGUCAUUUAUUCUUUAUUUGGUUUCCAUUUCCUCAAAUUGGAAGAUAGUGGACGGCCAUCUAAACAAAACCGGGGAUACAGAUAUAGGGAGGAGGGAGUGUAGUGUAGUAAAUAAAAGUAGAGCUGCUCAUUAUGAUUACUAUCCAGAUUAUGAUUAUGUCCCAAAAUCUGAGUGAAUCAGUGAAGAGUAUCAAGGUUAAAGACCUGCUCAUUACCUAUGCUAGAGCUUCGAGGCAGCUGAUCAAUUUCAAUAAAUCCAGGUGGGGUGUGCUUCAGACCUUACACUGCUGGCCCUGAAAUUAAUCAAACCAUAUGCAGGCUCCUAAAUGUUACUGUUUGCAUAGACCAUGGAACCUAUCUUGGUCUUCAUUCCAUCAUUGAUCGUAGAGGUUUUUCACUUUUCUUAAUGAUAAAGUUGGCUAGCACUUCAACUCCGGGAGGAACAGACUUAUCUCAAGGGCUGGCAAAAAAAUGUAGAUUAAGACUGUAAUGCAAAAGCUAUUGCCAACUAUGCUAUGGGCAUGUUUCUAGAGGCUAAAGGUGUGCAGUGAUUGGUAGAGUGAUGGCUGUCUUUUAUACGGAGAAAAAGAACCAAAAAGAACCAAUUUACAUGCACGGAAUGAGUCAGUGAUUUGAUUUUCCCACCAUAUAUACUCAGUAGUGAAUAAUACUCCCUGUCUCCAAAUAAACUUUCCCUUUUCCAUCUGUCCAAAAAUAAUCUCACUUCUCUUCAUUCCAUAAAAGGAAAUGAAUAUCUGGUCUGCAACAUUUCUCUUUGCUCUGACCAAAUUCUAUCCGCAAACUUUUUGUUCUUCAACAACUUUCUUCAUCUCCAUGAAGUUAAAGCGAGACUUUAAUUUAAGGAUUGAUGAAGUAAUGCUUUAAAACAACAACAACAACAACAACAACAAUAAUAAUAACAAUACAAAGUAGAUGCUCGUCUGAGUGAUAAAGAAUGUGAUCUGUUGGUUGAAAAGAUUACUUUGAAAGUGUCCUCCUGGGCAACUAGACAUAUUUCCUAUGCAGGGAGAGUGAGGCUGAUCAAUUCUGUUCUUUAUGGGGUGAUUUCCUUUUGGUGUAGAAUUUUCGUGCUGCCUUGUAAGGUUAUGCAGAAGGUCAUGGCUGUAUGUAGGAAUUUUCUUUGGAGCUCCUCUUCAGAAUAUAAGAAACCCCCUCUGGUCAAAUGGGAAGAAGUCUGCAGAUCCAAAUGUGAAGGAGGACUGGGCUUGAAGAAUCUGCAGGUAUGGAAUAAGGCUUGUAUUAUGAAAUUAAUUUGGGAUAUUGCAUCUAAGAAAGAUAUACUGUGGGUUAAAUGGGUACACAGUAGAUACCUGAAGAAUAAAUCCAUAUGGUCAUAUGAAAAUAAACCUGAUGAUUGCUAUUAUUGGAAGAAGAUGAUGUUGGUCAGAAAAGAAUUUGCUGGGAUGCCAUGUUCAAGUGAGUACACAGUGAAAGAAGGUUACAAAUGGCUGGCUGGAAACCAAUCAAGAGUUGAAUGGGCUGAGUUGGUAUGGAAUAAAACCUCUGUUCCUAAACAUCAAUUCAUUGCUUGGUUGAUAUGGAGAGGUAAGUUACUGACAAAGGACAGAUUGAGUGGUUUGUUGCCAAUUGAUCCUACCUGUAUAAUGUGCACCAAGGAAAAGGAGACAGUGGAUCACCUAUUUUGCAGUUGCCCUUUUGCAGUAGACAUUUUCCUUAAUGUCUCUGGUUUUAUUCAGUUUGACCUUACUUCUUGUUCUAUAGCUGAAUUGGGACAGAAACCAAAAGAAGGGAAGAACAUGAAAGAUAGAUGCUUCAUUGCUGCUUGCAUUGCCAAUUGCCAUUUGUUGCUAUUACAUUUGCAAAGCUAGGAACGCAAAGCAGCACAACAAAGAGAUGACCAAGGAGAGCACGUUGAAGGCUAUUGUUGAACAGAUUAAUUUCAUCUCCAUUAAUAAGUAGCUAUUAUGUUUUUAGGGGUGGCUGUAGUGUGGCUAGUGUUCUCUGUUUGGCUGUUUUGCAUUUGUGAUUUCCUAUGUACUGGUUGGUGAUAUUUGGGUGGUAAUAUAUUUUGUGCUUUGUUCAAAAAAAAUAAUAACAAUAAUUCAUCUAGGAAAAUUUUACAUAUAUUAUCUAUUAGAAAGGAGUCUUUUAGCUCAACAGUGGCCAACAAAACCACUAACCUGAAACCCAAGAGGAGAACUGUAAUGGAGUUGGGGAUUGCUCUUCCUAAUUACCUUUAAGACUUCUCCCUUAAGUCCCUAAACCCAAUACAGAUGACAUUAUAUCUUAAAGACUUUGAGAGAGUAUAUCUAAUCUACUUAUGAUCAGGUAGGCAUCCAAUUGUUGUUACUGCAAUUCUGUAUCAAUCCAUAAUAUGAAGGUCAGCAGGUUGUGCAAGAAGAUAUAAUGGAAGCACAUGAUUCAGAAUUCAGAAAAGUCUGAAACGUCAAGAUUGGAGGGAAACCAACUUCCCAAGGCAAAUAUAUCACAAAAGCAGUUGUUCAAAAAAUGGUGAUAAAAUUUUGCCAAAUUUAAAAUGGUGUAAAAAAAUGGUGAUAAAAUUUUGCCAAAUUUUGCCAAAUACUUAAAAUGAUAUUCUCCCAAAAUUAUGUUAAAUUUUUCAAUUACGUUUCAUUACCUUUAGGAGAAGAAAUACAAGAUUCAUAUUAUCUCUCUCUACACAAAUAUCAACAAACAGUUUUCACAUCCUUAACUCUUGUGCCCACCCAGAUUCUGCAUUGUGACCUGAUUCUGGCACGGAGUGAGUACAUAAAAUGUGAGUGUUAAAUUUGUACACGAGAUUUCCGUUCAGAAGGCAAACUCCCCUGAUAGUACCUUCCCUUUCCUUACUAUUGAGUAUAAAAGUCACUUGUGGCCUAGAAUCAAAGCACAUUAUAAAUAUUUAAAGAUAAACGCAAAACAUGACU